GAUUGUGGGCAGGUUGGCAAGGAAAAUAUUAUGGCGGCUGUGCACGCUGAAGUGUCAUGUUUCUGUGAGAAUAUUAGAUCAAUUUGAAUUAUUCAGCGUUGUAUAUCCAUUCUGAACAUUUGCAUGUCCUGGACUGUGUAUUCUUAGUGUUUUAGAGUGAUAUUUUCUGUAUUUUGAUGGAUUAUGCCGUGAAAUGCAGUCAUCAACUACGUCAAAUGCUAACAUUCCAUUGAUACCGCUGGCGCUGUGGCGAUAGGGCACCUCAUUGUUUUUUUAACCAUGUGGGUUGUUGUAUGAAUGAUUUUGGAUAACUGUUCUUGACAGUCAUCGUGGACUCGGCAUUACUGGAAUUUUGAUUUCAAAUGUGCAUUUUCAGCAAACUAAAUCGGAACAUCUAAGGAGGUCUAUCUUGUGUAUGGAUGCCAACUGAAAAACACUGCUAUGUGAUGAACAAAUACGAAAUAUUGGGGGUUGUAGGUGAAGGUGCCUACGGUGUGGUCUUGAAAUGCCGACAUAAGGAAAAUGGGGAAAUGGUUGCCAUUAAGAAAUUCAAAGACAGUGAAGAAAACGAAGAUGUGAAACGUACAACAUUGCGCGAGCUGAAAAUGCUCCGCACAUUAAAACAGGAGAAUAUUGUAGAGCUCAGGGAAGCAUUCAGACGCAAGGGAAAGCUGUACUUAGUCUUCGAAUAUGUGGAACGGAACAUGCUGGAGCUGCUGGAGGAGAUGCCUAACGGAGUGCCGCUGGAGAAAGUGCGGAGCUACAUCUACCAACUGUGCAACGCCAUACAAUGGUGCCACUCCAAUGAGAUUAUACAUAGAGAUAUCAAACCUGAAAAUCUCUUGAUAGGAAAGAAUGAUGUCCUCAAGUUGUGUGACUUCGGCUUUGCCCGGACUAUCUCUGGCGGCACCAGCGGCUUGUACACAGACUACGUGGCUACACGGUGGUACCGGUCUCCGGAACUGCUGCUGGGUGCUGCGUACGGCAAGGCGGUGGACAUCUGGGCCAUCGGCUGUAUCCUGGGCGAGCUGAGUGACGGUCAGCCGCUGUUCCCCGGGGAGAGUGAGAUUGACCAGCUGUUUGUCAUACAGAAGGUCAUAGGGCCACUGCCCCCAGACCAGAUGAACAUGUUCUACAAGAACCCCCGAUUCUCAGGGCUCAAGUUCCCAGCAGUGGCAAGUCCUCAAACGAUAACCAAACGGUAUCUGGGAAUCUUGAAUAGUGUCCUCAUAGACUUCAUGCAACGAACACUGCAACUCGACCCACUGGACCGAUGUCCCAUCGAGGAGUGCCUCAAUCAUGAUGCAUUCGUCACAGAACAGCUGCUGCAUCGCAACAACCGCGUCUCCAUAAAAAACUAUACCUCAAACAAGAAGCAGAAAACUGACAUCACUGAUGACAUCACUAGUGAGAACAUGAAGAAUACUGACCGGCCUGGCACAGGGGCAGGGCAGGAGAACCAGGUGUUUGAAGCGGAGAAGAUGGACACAGAUGAGGAGAAGAGCUAUGUGAUCCAGGGAACCUCUUCCUCCACUGGAGACAUGAAGUUCCUGAAGCAGGUGCGAAACCAGUCCACUGCCAACUCGGCCAACAAAACCAGUGUGGUGCUACGUCAGGUCAAAGGACAGCAACACGGGGAGGACGAGGAUGAGGAAGACUUUGGGGAGGGGGGCAGUGCCAGACCCCAAAAUCGAGCAGUAAGCAGAACAGAGAUUACCAUUAUGGAUGCUGAUCCCAGGCAGGGAAACAAAUAUCCCGAAUCUAAGAAGUCCACGUUUGACAAUCGCCAUCAAAGUACAUUUCAAGAUUUUCGUAAUGGAAAUAUUUUGGAGUCGAAUGCAAACUCUUCUAAAAAUCGAACUCAAGGACAUCCAGACUCAAGUGCUAUGCAGUCGUCGAAUGAUGACAAGAUGGACUGGACAGUGAGUGACUCUCGGUACAUGAAAAAGAGAGAUAGUGUGAUGGACGUGCAUCAACAUGAACCUCCGGGGGGUGGGGAAGAAGAGGAGUUUGAGUCCUCGCCCCGGGGAAAGAGCAAUACCUUCACCAUCAGUCUUCAGGCCCCGGGGCAGGGGCAUCCCACCGGUGGAGGUGGUGUGGGGGCCUACCCCACGGGUGGAGGUGUAGGAGGUGGGGGGAAGGGCAGCAACAAUGCUGCCAGUCCGAGGAUGGACAGGAAGAAGGUGAGAAGACGCACAUCACGAAGCAGCACUCAGUUCCUGGACCAGGCCAUGCAAGAUGAGCUACAAAGAAUAAAAAACGAUACACUUGGCAAGAAGAAGAUGAGGGAUGGGGGAGUCCCCAUUCACAACUUGGCGGAGAAGCUGUCAUAUGCCAAGCUGCAACCAGGGAUGGACCCUGCGGCCGCCACCAAUCCCAAGUUCAAGGACUCUCACAACUAUGGCGGCGCCCCCCGCCGGACACGGAACCAGUAUUAUGAUUCAGGCUAUGACAUACAUGAAGCAAGCACAUCACCAGAUUUCAGCUACUCUAGAGACAUGAAUCGUGACAAUCGCCAUCUAAGUCUCCAGACAAGGUCAUAUGCAAAGUAUUCGGGUCACCAGCCAUAUCACCUGAGGUCGGAGUCCCCAUCGCACAACCACUACGCCCCCUGGCGCGGGGUAGAGACGCCUGGCGCCAGUGAGAGAUAUAAUGGAGCUUCCAUGCUGAGUCUCGCCAGGAAAAAGAAGAAGCAGAAGUUCUUGCAGAAUAUCAAUCCUGACCUGGAAGAUGGGCGUCUCUCUCCGUCGGUGCCCACGAGGAAUGCUUCUCGUAUGUCACGGGCUGAGGUGGACUGGAAGGAAGACGGGGAAGUGGCAUGUGAGGCGUACACGCCCAGAGACCCACCCUCUCAGAAGGAUGGUGCAUACCGGGAUGUAGGGGGCCGGGACAGAAAGCAGCACUACAAGCAGGGCGUCCAGUUGAGGAAGGUCACCCAGACACCAGUUGACAGGGGUGUGCGUCUACAGCCCAUACAAAAAUCAUUACAUCGUGGCAACUCCCCAGAAAACUCACCCCCAAGUAAAACUUACCCAAAGACUGAGCAAGACUCAAGGACCCUCACAUCAUUAUCCGGGACGGAGCUGAGGACGGGGCCGAAGUCACGGCCAUCCUCCGUCAUGGCAGACGAACCACCAGAGGGCGGGGUCGCCUCCCCCCGCAACAGUGACCUCCGACCUGUCAAAGGCGGCAAAUCAAUCAAAAUGUCGGACUAUCGGGGUUACCAGGACCCAUACAUGUGAGAAGUACGGGGCCUGCUGGUUGUGUCAAGCUGCUGUUCUACAGGGACUCCGGACAAGACAGAGUGGCUGCCAUCACUAUGUAGGGAGUGUUAGUUUUUGUAAACCUGACAUCCAGACACAUCACUCCAUGCCUCAGAUAAUUUGAAUCAAGUUUGUUUCACACUGGGAGACAAAUCUCAAACAGGCCUGAAAGAUUUAUUAAUUGCGGUUAUGAAUUAAAAGAGUUUCAUAUUAUGGUUAUGAUAUUUGAUAUUAUUUUACUGUUACGGAUUCAUUUAUGAGUUAAGGCAUUAUGCAGUGUUAAAUGAUGCUCUGCACUGUAAAUUUGUCGCAGUGUAUGUUGGGUUUUUUAAGUACACGUAAGGCCACAAUAUAUUAAUUAUUAGAUUUCAUCUAAACUUUUUAAAAAUGUUGGUUGGGAGGAAUAUCUUUUAUUAAACCAUUCACGACAUUUGUGUACAAUAGAGUCAAUAGGAUCUUCAGUCAAACAGAAAGGAACACACAUUUCCAAAUUGUCUUCUGGAAGUUCUUGAGAGGAAUAUUUAGUGUGGUGGGCGGGGAUGAAAAUCUAAUAAUUGUUUAUGGCCUAAGGUGCGUUUCAAUAAAUGCUGUUAAAUAUUUUGAAAGACAUAAUUAUACCAUGAAGCUUAUUUAUAUCUUCUGAUGAUGUGAUCAGUUCAAUAUGAAGAAUUUAUGGGAUUCUUUGAAAUCUUAAGUUAAUGCAGUUCAUUUCAUUAUUUCAACAAAGCAAUGUAAACUCAAACUGUCCUUGCAUAUGAAUUGCUGUAUGUGAUAUGAAAUGUACAACAGAAAACCACAAUAUUGUAUAUUUCAUCAGCUAUAUAUUUUACUUAAUGUAAAAGAACACAUUUUUAAGAACUGUUUUGUUUUUGUUACUAAUCAACAGAACUAACCGUCUCUUAACAUUUGUUGUUCAAACUGAUUGUUGUCUAUAUUUUCACAGAAUUUGUCAGGUUUUUUAAGUUAACUGGUUCUUUUGUACUAUGAAUCAGUGUCACAUCUAUCCUAAAGGUUGUAACAUUAUACAUGUUUAUACACAUUGCUAAAGUAUUAAACACGUUUCUGUACUGGUAUCAAAUGUAUAUUCACAGGUUUCAUACCCCAUAACAGAUUAUUCACUGGGUUUAGCUACAUAAAGAGUGGUCACAAAGAUUCCGCAGAAUUUUCAAAAUUCACCAAUGCAAUAUAAAUCCGAAAAAAAUGAGAAAUGUUAGUAGUAUAAUCAGUUUUGAAAUCUGCAUUCUUAACAGGCGCGACAGUAUUUGCUUCAUCACUCUCGUAGCUGUAUGGAGGUUACUGAACAACACAUCUUCUUGUGUAAACUUUAAAGACCAAUUCACAUGAAUUUCAAAUUGAUUCAAUUUUGUGACUUUUUUUCCUUUAAAUACUCAAGCAGUCACCUGUUUUGUCCAGCUUAAUUCAUCUACCAGACUUGCCGAAUAUUUCAGAAAGCAAAUAUACCCUCCCAAAUACUGGGGAACAUCUGCUGUUGAACCUUCACGAGUCAAAUAUCGUUCCAGUAUUCUUAGAAUUGAAAGUGAAACUAAUCUUCAUACAUCAUGGAAUGCUGUGUGCUUGUAUUAGUGGCUCUCCUGGGUUGAAAAGAGCCAAUGACCUUUCAGGAUAAAUCCCUGGUUGAGAAGUGUUGUAAAUACUAUUUGGACAGAGUCCUCUGUGUGUUUCCAAGUGUUGGCUUGUACGACAACUGUUUAACAAUGUGACAAUCACUGCACAUUUCUUCCGUCCAUUGCCAUCACAUUGUCCGUCCUGUCACCUUCCUCUCCUGGUAGUCGGGGGUCCAGCAUUACGUGAAACCUACUCACAAUGCCGCAUUAGCCACAUCAUUCACUGUCCAUUAGUUCAGUAUUUAGUUCUGUUCACAUUUAACGGUAUCUACCUCCAAUAAUUUAUUCAAUAGUACCUAGUUUCAUAGCAGGUAGUUUGUGCAUCAAGUUAAGUCCUUUGUCCACUUGUGUUGUAUUUGUAUUCUGAUGUAGGUUCCUAUCAAACUGAUCAAGUCCAUGGAUCUUGAUGUUGGAACUCAAAAACUCAUUCAUCAUAAAGUACUGCCCACCUUCUGUAGAAAUCAAACUCCUUUGAAAUAUACAUAUUUUUGUGACUGAUACUUAAUGUUGAAUCUGGAAAAAUUCAAGCUGUUUUUUUUAUCAUAAUUUAUCUUGCUCAGUUUGUAAAACAGGGAACUUGGAAAAUUGCUUUUCUUAAACAGAGAACGAGCGUCUUUAUCAAUCAUCAAUGGACAUCUUCAUUUACAUACAAUUAACAUUUCAAAUAAAACUGAUUUGAAAUAACCAAAAUAUAUCCAAUAUUUUAUCAAGAAAUAAUUUAACAGAAGUAAAUCUUGUUGGAGAAUAGAUAAAUUGUCUCCAGUAACUGAAGUCGUCCCCCGCAUGCCCCCAGCAUGCCCCCACCAGUCAUGUUCACGCCAUCAGGUCAACACCAGAAUUGUGUUCUUCACACCGUCGCCUCCAGCCAUCAUUCCCAUCUCUCCGUCCAUUCAUUUCACUUUCAAUUUUCAGUUGUAUUGUUUGCUUUCCUAAAAGCCAACAUUUGGCAUAUAAAAUACUUUUAUUAUA